CAUAUUUAUUUUUUCUAGAAUAGUCGUUUGGUCGGCUCCACUUCUUAGGAUUCUAUCUUAUAAUUAACACCCGUUCGAUUGGAAUCCUUUCUAUCAUGGUUGCAGGGCCUAAUCUAGGUCAAAAUAUUCUAAUCAAAUGGAUUUUUGGCCUUUUGCAUCGGCUCUACGCCUCUACCUAUACAAUUAGCCGGUCCCACGGGAUCUAUUACGAAUUUACGAUACAAGACGUCCCAUCUCGGAAAUUGAUGAACGAACGACAAAUUUUGGUCCAUCAACGAGAUCCAACAGUUUUGAACACCCUACAUAAUGGACCUUUCUUUUCUAAGAAAUUACACAAGGUGCCAUUCCCCGAAAUUGGCAGCAGUGCAGCACCGUGGCUGUGGCUGGAGUUCGCGGGUCUAUUCACCUUUAAUAAAUACAGGGGAUUUGUCAUUCAGAAAUUUUUAAUUAAAAUCUUGCUUAGGAUGCAGCUUAGUAAGUUGAAUUAACAAAUCUAAGACCAAGCGGAAGUCGUCUCUUUAGAGUUUAGAGAGAGAGAGAGAGAGAGAGGGAGAGAGAAGGCACCGAGACCAAGAGAGAGAAAGUGUGCCGUGGAGCCUCAGUUCCUGUAAUGCGUGGAACCAGUGACGGACAAUGGCGAACCCGUGUUUGAAGCUCUCUAGAUGGCGGAUCCAGUCUCUGAAAAACCCUAAUAACUACAUCAGAUACCGUACGGUUUGCGCCCUUCGUCCUUCGUGAAUCCGAUCCAUUUAGAUUUUCAGGGAUUCCACUUUUGGUCCGCAAUAAUGGCGGAAGCGCCUAAAUUGUUGUAUAUAGUUGUCGUGGACGACGGAGAGAAGAGUGAAGGAAAGGGAAACGAAUCCUUUCGAUAUACACGACCCGUGCUGCAGAGCACUCUCCAGCUAAUGGGAUGCAAAGCUCGACAUGCCUUUAAGAUUAGCCGAAGGGUUUUUGAAGUGAUGAGAAAUGAAUGUUCAGGCGAUGCUUUGCCUUUUAUGGGGAUGGAAAUUGCUGGUUUAGAUGUUUCGGAAGGGUAUUCUGAGAAGGAAAGUGACCAACAUUCAGAUGGUUGUCUGAAACAAGGAGAGGUUGGCGACGAUUUGGUUUCAGAGAAAAAUGAGGGAAGUUAUAGUAAACCUUUUGAACUGUACAAAAGACAGACAACUGUUUUUGUUAAGAGAGAGGCAUUCUUGGAUGUUGUCUGUGAUGCUCUAGCCUUAUACAAGUAUGUAGGUCCCAAUAAGAGGAGUGACUUGGUUUUAGCCUGCAGAAUCCGAGAGAGGAAGGAAUCUGUGACUGUGUUGUUGUGUGGCACUAGUGGGUGUGGCAAGUCUACCUUAUCUGCUUUGCUGGGUAGCAGGUUGGGCAUCACAACAGUGAUCUCUACAGAUUCUAUUAGGCACAUGAUGCGGAGUUUUGUCAAUGAAAAGCAAAAUCCACUACUCUGGGCAUCAACCUACCAUGCUGGGGAGUUUCUGGAUCCAGAGGCAGUUGCAGAAGCAAAAGCCAAGCGAAAAGCCAAGAAAUUAGCACAUGUUUCUCACUCGUUGUCCAAGGAUGAAGUUUCUGAAGGACCUGGAAAUGGAAGACCUGAUACUAGACCAUCUGAUGUGGGUUCUUGUACCAAUGAACUGAUUGGUGCAAAACAAAUGGCCAUUGAGGGAUUCAAAGCACAAAGUGAGAUGGUCAUUGACAGUCUUGAUCGGCUGAUUACUGCAUGGGAAGAACGGAAAGAAUCAGUAGUUGUUGAGGGUGUUCACUUAAGCCUCAACUUUGUGAUGGGACUUAUGAAGAAACAUCCUUCGAUAAUACCAUUCAUGAUUUACAUCACAAAUGAGGAUAAACACUUGGAACGAUUUGCAGUUCGCGCAAAGUACAUGACACUGGACCCAGCAAGAAAUAAAUAUGUGAAGUAUAUUCGAAACAUAAGAACGAUUCAAGACUACCUCUGUAACCGUGCUGAUAAGCAUCUAGUUCCCAAAAUAAACAAUACCAAUGUUGACAGGAGUGUUGCAGCCAUCCAUGCCACAGUCUUCAGCUGUUUGCGCAGGCGUGAGGCAGGGGAGCAGUUGUAUGACCCUGCUACAAACACAGUUGCUAUUAUAGAUGAGGAGUAUAGGAACCAGUGUGCUGCCAACUCACUGAGCUCCAAGGGGAUGUUUCAACUAAUCCAGAGAAAAGGAUCUUCUAGGCAUCUGAUGGCUCUUCUCAAUACUGAUGGGUCUGUGGCUAAGGCAUGGCCUGUAGAUUCAAUUGAUAAUAGUGGCAAAUGUGUCACAUGCCCUGGGAAUGAGAGGGGAAUAGGGAGUCCAAUGUAUGGACCUUUGCAGAUUGAUAAGGCAGAGCCGGUUAACCUUCAAUUUGGCAACUUUGGGAUAAGUGCCUGGCCCAGUGAUACUGUUGGCACGAGCCAUGCUGGAAGUGUUGAUGAAUCAAGGGCUGAUGGGACCGAGACUGGAAGCAGAUAUUAUUCUUCAUGCUGCAGCUCACCACGGAUGUCUGAUGGACCUGCCAAGGAGCUCAAAGAGGAGCUUUCAGUCUCUGGUAGCGAUGAAGAAGCUGAUGAUCCACCUGAAGCAGACAGUGAUGAAGAUCUCAGUGACAUAGGUGACAAGCAAAUCCAUGAAGAGAUGGAAGGGUCGGUUGAUGAAGAGUCGACAAAAUCUGAUGAGGAAUAUGAGGAUCUUGCCAUGCAGGAUGGGAUAGAGAAUGGGUACUCGUCUGAUGAUGAUGAGGACUCCAAAGACGAAAAUCUGACAGACGAGUACAGAGAGAAUUUGGGUAUCUUCAUGAAAACCAGUGAUGAGGCUUUGCCAGAGUCGCCAUGUUCCUACUGUUUGCUUAUGGAGAAGAACCAGAGUGUGUCAGCAGCUGGCAAUGCCAAAAUGAGAAGACGCUCACACAGCAUAUCAGCCUUGGGGAAGCACGGAUCUGUGCUCACCGGGCCCAUCCUCUCUGGUGCACCACAGAGGUAGCCCAAUGCUUUGCCUCUUGACUCUUGAGGAAUUUAUAAGCUUCUAGUUGGGAUAUCGAGGCCGCUCGGUUUUGUUUUCUUGUUAUUUUGUUUUUGUUUUUUUUCACUUAUGGUUGUUCUUUUCUUCCUAAAUAUUCCCCUUGUAAAUAUAGUUCAAGUAGCCCUGGACAUUAUUUCUGUGUCUAUUUUAUCAUGCCUCUCUUUCUUUC